AUGAGGGACUUGCAAAGACGCCAACUGGGAGCGGGGAACAAAACCCUCCUUGAGGCCACCGCGGUCAUGAAGAAUCUGCGCACUCCGAAGGCAAAUCUGGCUAAGAUCGAACUUCUCGUGUGCCUCACAGCCAUUUUACUAAUCUUGCUCAACAUCUUCGGCUCGUCAAGGUGUCGGUGCAACGACCGGAAGCUCAGGAUGCUGUUAUGGGCAGCAUACACCCUCUCGAGCUACCUCAUCGCAUACACGCUUGUUUGGGCCAUUUUCUUGAUGAUCUUCUUUGGGAGCUCGGACUCCUACUCCGUCCACAGCCUCGAGGACUGCGAGCGGUGGAAGAACUAUGGUUGGCAAUAUCUGAUCAAGUUCACCGGGGUAAUCAUUUUGUUGUUCAUCUAUGGGAUCACGUUGUGGAUGAUUUCGGUGCUAUUUAUUCUAGGCCUAACGGUGCCGCUCAAGGUCAGUAAUAGAGCAGUAUCUCUCCUUAUUGCGAGUGGGUAUGGCCGACAGAAGAACACCAAAUUGAUCGCUGACUACAUGAGCUCUGAGCACCAGUCGUCGAACGGCGAUUUCGACCCUAGCCAGAUGAGAGGGUACAACUAUGUUGUGAAAGUGGGAAAGACAAGUUCAACGUCAUUAAAGAAGUUGAAAGAAAGAGAAACUGCAGCACAAGGGGAACCGCCGAACUACCGCGAGUCAUUGGAGAUCACUGACAGAGUCGUCACAAUCGAGAAGGUGUGGAAAUGCCAAGGAUGGCUUUUGAGAUCGGGAGGUGGGGACGAAGACAGUAAGCUCAAGGAUAUUUGCCUCUCGUUUUCGCUCUAUAAGCUUCUUUGUUUAAGAUUUAGCGGCCAUUCAUUGCCCAAACAAGCUCACGAAAAGUUGUGGAAGUUGAUUCAGCACUUGUAUGACGAAGGAAAUGGCUACGAGCGAGCAUUUAGGGUCGUUGAGCUAGAGCUUUCCUUUCUUUUCGAUUCUUUCUACACCAAAUACCCGAUCAUCUUCCUGCCGACCGGUUGGAAACUAAAGGUUCUAGAGCUCUUGCUUUUGGUCAUUGGUUCUCUGCUGACGAUUGGACUUUGUUUCAAGUACAACUCGAAUAGACAUGGAGAUGAACUUCAACUAGCUACUCCGGGCGGGUUGAGCAUCGACGUUCUCGUCACAGCACUAAUUCUAAUAGUAUUUACAUGUGGGGAGCUUGUGCAGUUUUUCUUCAUGGCCUUCUCGGAGUGGGCAAAAGUGUCAUUGCUAUGCACGUACGUACAAACUCCCUCGUGGCAAGAGGAGAACAAAUGGAAGGAGAAGCUGAUAGGACGAAUGUGCCGGACGCAAUUACUGAACCCUUGGGAAAGGAAACUUCGCCAAUACUCGCUUCUCGAGUCGUAUGAUUACACCCCUCGGAAGUGGCUAUACAAUCCCUUCACAGUUAUGUUUAUCGACCUUAUAAGGGACGGUCAAAAACAAAGCGAGCCCACCGAAUUGUCCUCAGAAGUGAAAAAAGCCGUUUUCCAUUCUUUAAUGUCGAAUCCCGAGGCACUGAAGAAUGGAGAAGCUUCUUUGAGACGAAACGAAGUGGAUGGUAAGCUCUCGUGGGCAUGUAGGCUCGAGACACAGACUCAAGUCAUAAUUGUGUGGCAUAUCGCCACAAGUAUUUUCGAGCAUAAGGUGCCGGUUGCAGAUCCGAUUUCAUAUUCGAACUUCCUUGUGGCGACCAGCUUAUCCAAAUAUCUCGCUUACUUGAUAACGUUUUGUCCGAAGUUAUUACCUGAUCACCCUUACGAUUCAGAGUAUGCUUUCAACAAAAUCAUUAUCGAAACAAGAGGCUUGCUCAAAGGCCGCAAGACAACUGAAGAAAGAAUCCAAAAAUUGAACAGGAUCGGUAAGACAAUGGAUAAUAACGGUAGGGUGAUAAUCCAGGGCACGCUAUUAGGGCAGCAAUUGCUAAAAGAAGAGAAAGGUCCGAAAUUCAUUUGGAAGGUAUUGGCCGAGUUUUGGGCGGAACUUAUGGUGUAUGUGGCUCCAUCGGACAAUGAGAAAGCACACGCGGAGCACUUGAAGAUGGGUGGGGAGUUCAUAACUCACUUGUGGGCUUUGGUCUCUCAUGCCGGCAUCAAGCGAGAACCUCCUGUUAAGUGA